CGGUGAGCGGCCUGGAGCCGCUGGCCUGGUCGGAGGACCACCGCGUGUCGGUGUCCACUGCCCGCAGCAUCGCUGUUCUGGAGCUCAUCUGCGACGUGCACAACCCGGGCCAGGACCUGGUGAUCCACCGCACCUCGGUCCCCGCGCCACUCAACAGCUGCCUCCUCAAAGUUGGCUCAAAAACAGAAGUUGCAGAGUGUAAGGAGAGAUUUGCUGCCUCGAAAGACCCCACCAUCAGCCAGACUUUCAUGCUGGACAGGGUGUUUAACCCGGAGGGGAAGGCCCUGCCCUCAUUGCGAGGGUUCAAGUACACUAGCUGGUCUCCCAUGGGUUGUGAUGCGAAUGGUAGAUGCCUCUUGGCCGCCCUGACCAUGGACAAUCGCCUGACCGUCCAGGUGAACCUCAACAGACUCCAGUGGGUCCAGCUGGUGGAUCUGACUGAGAUUUAUGGAGAGCGUCUUUAUGAAACCAGUUAUAGGCUCUCUAAAAAUGAGGCCCCAGGAGGGAAUCUCGGGGAUUUUGCUGAGUUUCAGAGGAGACACAGCAUGCAGACCCCAGUCAGGAUGGAGUGGUCGGGCAUCUGUACCACUCAGCAGGUCAAGCACAACAACGAGUGCCGGGAUGUUGGCAGUGUGCUCCUGGCUGUCCUUUUUGAAAAUGGGAAUAUUGCUGUGUGGCAGUUUCAGCUGCCUUUUGUAGGAAAGGAGUCCAUCUCUUCGUGCAACACAAUUGAGUCAGGAAUCAGCUCUCCCAGUGUUCUGUUUUGGUGGGAAUAUGAACACAACAAUCGGAAAAUGAGCGGCCUUAUUGUAGGGAGUGCUUUUGGACCUGUGAAGAUCCUCCCUGUGAACCUCAAGGCAGUCAAAGGCUACUUCACACUAAGGCAGCCUGUUGUCUUGUGGAAAGAAAUGGACCAGCUGCCUGUGCACAGCAUCAAAUGUGUGCCACUUUACCAUCCUUACCAGAAGUGCAGCUGCAGCUUGGUGGUGGCAGCCAGGGGCUCCUAUGUGUUCUGGUGUCUUCUCCUGAUCUCCAAGGCGGGCCUGAAUGUUCACAAUUCCCAUGUCACAGGCCUUCACUCACUGCCCAUUGUCUCCAUGACUGCGGACAGACAGAACGGGACAGUGUACACCUGUUCCAGCGAUGGGAAGGUGAGGCAGCUGAUUCCCAUCUUCACAGAUGUGGCAUUAAAGUUUGAACACCAGCUGAUUAAGCUCUCAGAUGUGUUUGGCUCAGUGAGGACUCACGGGAUCGCAGUGAGCCCCUGCGGUGCGUACCUGGCCAUCAUCACCACCGAGGGUAUGGUCAACGGCCUCCAUCCCGUUAACAAGAACUACCAGGUCCAGUUUGUCACUCUCAAAACCUUUGAAGAAGCAGCCGCUCAGCUCCUGGAGUCGUCUGUUCAAAAUCUUUUUAAGCAGGUAGAUUUAAUAGACCUCGUUCGCUGGAAGAUUUUAAAAGAUAAACACAUUCCUCAGUUUUUACAUGAAGCUUUGGAAAAGAAGAUCGAAAGCAGUGGGGUCACCUAUUUUUGGCGCUUCAAGCUUUUCCUCCUGAGGAUUUUGUACCAAUCAAUGCAAAAAACUCCAUCAGAAGUCUUAUGGAAGCCGACCCAUGAGGACUCAAAAAUCCUGCUAGUUGACUCCCCCGGGACGGGCAAUGCUGAGGAUGAACAGCAGGAAGAAGGCACUUCUUCCAAGCAGGUGAGCAAGCAGGAGAGGAGCAAAGAAGGGGACGCAGAAGACCCGGCCGAUGACUCGCUGCCCCCCUCAGGAGAUGCCGGGGGCCGGGAGCCGAUGGAGGAGAAGCUCCUGGAGAUCCAAGGGAAGAUCGAGGCCGUGGAGAUGCACCUGACGAGGGAGCACAUGAAGCGUGUGCUUGGCGAAGUGUACCUGCACACCUGGAUCACGGAGAACACCAGCAUCCCCACCCGAGGGCUCUGCAACUUCCUGAUGUCUGAUGAUGAGUACGAUGACAGAACAGCGCGGGUGCUGAUUGGACAUAUCUCCAAGAAGAUGAACAAGCAGACUUUCCCUGAGCACUGCAGUUUGUGUAAGGAGAUCUUGCCGUUCACGGACCGCAAGCAAGCUGUCUGCUCCAACGGGCACAUUUGGCUCCGGUGCUUUCUAACCUACCAGUCCUGCCAGAGCCUGAUAUACAGAAGGUGUUUGCUUCACGACAGCAUUGCCCGGCACCCGGCUCCGGAAGAUCCUGAUUGGAUUAAGAGGCUGCUGCAAAGCCCUUGUCCUUUCUGUGACUCUCCUGUCUUCUGAGUGUCUGUGGUGAAGGAGGGAAGGGCGUGAGCUCGCUGUGGAGAACCCUGCAGCCUGAGGAGUGGCCCAAGAGGAAGCCUGGCCAUCACCUGGGAGAGACGCUCUCGUGACCAUGAGGAGGGCCUCCCCAGGAGCUCAGUGCUCAAGUGCCCGUGCCAUCUCAGGGUCUAAAGGAUAUCUUUUUAAAUGACCGGAUGCAGAGGUUUUGAGUUGUUUUGAGAUGAACCUUAGCCCAGCCCCUUACCCAGUGAAGAACACUUAUUUUUCAAGUGUCUUGAUGGAAACAGUUUGAACAAAAGGAAUGUCCUGUCAUUUCUAGGAACAGAAUGGUCUCUUCUAGGGAGUUUGUGUAAGGACCUCACUGGACCGAGUGAGGUUUCAGUCCUUGGUUUGGCCUGGCACUGCCUUUGUGCCCCAGAUAACUGAAAUUGCUUGGCACGUGGUGUUCCUUGUACCAGCAGAUACUCAAAGUGUCUGAAACCACGAGUGGGCUGACGCUCUACUCUCGGUAACUAGCUACAGAUCUGUAUCUCAUGGACUCUUGUUUUUCAUGCAUAUAGAAAACAUUUUCCUAAAACUUUAUAUUUUUAAGAAGUUGAAGCCAAGACUAAAGUCAGUUUUAAAGUAUCAGAUGGUCAGGUGACCAUUAGAAGUUAAUGACUGUGACUUAUUUUUCUCUUCUAUGUCAUCAGAUAUCCUGAUCCAGCUCCUAAAUGUGUAUAAAGAUGUCCAGUGCUCCAGUUCACCCCACCAUGGCCCUGCUUCAGACUUAACUGUGGUAACCUAGAUACUUUGUGUAUAGAAGGAAAAAUGUUUUCCUUUUAGUAUGAAACUGAAACGACAUUUUCAGGUUUCUCACUGUGUCUGGGGGAGGCUGCCAGGGACUUCGGAGAGAGACGGGCAACUAGGAAGUACCGCCCUUGAGCCUGUUGCUACUUGUGCCUGUGGCCCAGUUGAACAGAGUCUGGUGAUGUCUUGUCUCUGUGGAGGGCCUUGAUAUUUGGAAUACAGGUCUUUUUCUGUGGGCUAUGAAUGGCAGACAUCAGACAUCAAUUUUUGGUUGGUCCUUAAAACCUAAAAGAAGACAUUCUGGAAUCAGUGUUCUUGGGUUUUAAAAGUAUGUGUCCUAGGGACUGGUGCUAAUGAACUGAACUGUAACACACACCUUUUUAAAUGGUAUAUAUUUCUGGAAGGUUGGAUGGGAAACACAGAAUAUGAAAUUUUGUACCUUUUUUUUUUGAGACACAGUCUCACUCUGCAAUUCAGGCUGGCCUUGAACUCACUGUGUAGCCCAGGCCGGCCUCAGCCUCCACAGUGCUGUAAUCACAGGUGUGAGUCACCGUGCCCGGUGGCUCAUGCUCAUAUUCAUGCUGUCUUUUUUCCCUUUCUUCUGACAUGAUUUCCUGCUCUUAUUUCGUAUCCUUAGCAAAAGACAUUUAGUUCUCAUUUCUUGCUGUUUGGAGACCAGUGUAAGGGACGUGUCGGCCACAGGCCACUGCCCACACCCCACCGCUGCUCCCCCACUGUUGCUGUGUCCUUGAGAUGAUUCCACAAAGCCAAUUCCAAACACUGCUCUGAAAUGUCUUGUUCCUGAUCAAAUUGUUUUGUCUCCUGUCUAUAUAUUUGUUGGAGUCAUUUGCUUGUUUUCCUCAUUUUGGUGGUGAUUUCAUGAAAGUCUUUAUCUGGACUUUAUGGGUCAGCAUGGCAAAUGGAUUUCCAAGGAAGGAAUGGAACCAGGCAGCAUUGAAAUCAUGAGUGACACAGUUGAGAACCCUGCAUAGCUGAAGUCAUUGUGCCUGCAGCGUUUGCACUUUACGAUAAAUGUGACAAUAGAAAUUGAGAUGUCAAGGAACUUGUUUCAUUUUUAAUAAUCAUGGCAUGCUUAAUUUCAUUUGCUUCUUUGUUCCAAAUCAGAGUCUGUAGUAGUCUGUUCUUACCGCCAUUUUAAAACUUUUUUAAAGCAGUUGUGCAUUUUUUAGAAAAUUCAACUAUUAAGAGUAACCAGAAAGGAUCUCUGAGUUAUGUCUGUGAGAGCAAAUAUGGCAGCUGUUGCCCUGGAACGCAGGUUACAGAAACCCAAGCGGGGGCCUGAUUUAGGGAGUUUUCCGGACCCUGAAAUCUAGCCUCAGGCUCCAGCACCUUUCUCCCCACAGGAGGCCAAUCCAGACCUGGACCUGCCAGAGGAGAUUUUCGAUCAGUGGUAGGCAAUCUCAUAAACACAGUGUGCUUCUGAAUUUCUCGGGGUCAGUGUACCCCACCUUGGUGUUCAUCCGUGCAACUUGGAGAAGUGCCCGCGACAUCAGACUCCUCUAGUUCCCUCUUCCAGCUGAAACUUAGCAUACCCUAUGCCUCCCCACCUUUACCUAGCUGGUGGACUUCAAGUUGCUUUCAGCUGUGACUGUAAUAACUGUUUCAGGAAUGCGAGAAACAGCACAAGUGACGUGGCUGCCUUGCAUUUAAAACGCAGGAACAAAGGUUCUAUACAGUUAGUCCUUUCAGGCUACAACACUGUUGCCUUUCGAAGUCUGUAUCCUGUGUCCACCACAUUUUCUCUGCCCGGGGUUAAUUUGUUCCCAUUAUUCUAGAUAAGGAGUUGAUAGCUUGUUAUGCUGGAUAUUCAUGCUGAGAUCCUCCUGUGUCCACCACCCAGUCUUCAAGCAGUCUCUACCGACUAUUAUGUCUGCCAAAACUACCAAUUAUUUUUCAUUGUCAGGAGUUAUUAGGACCACUGGCAAAGCUCGUGGUUGAAUGUGACAUUUUCUGCUUCUUCCUUUUAAGAAGUUUUGAGGAUAUUAUGUUGCAGUAGGUAUGUCGGGCCUAUUGGCAAGUUUUAACAGGUUCAAAGAAUGUUAAAAGAUUAUGAUUAAGUAUUAAAAUAUAUCUGGUUUUAAUUACACUGGUUUCAGAUAAUAUGCAAAAGAGAUAGAUCAGCGCUCACCGGUGCUUGUUAAGAGGGACACAGUGCUGGUUUUGUGAGCACCUGCUCGCCUGGCAGCCUCCAAGCUGCUCCCGACUGCAUGAGUUGCUGCAGGUGGACCCCCGAGUCCUGUCAGUGUCCAUGCCCGCAGGGUUCCUGCCGCAGGAUCUGCCCGCCUUUUCUGCCCAUCUUGCCAUUUCCAUUCCUUCAGUUCUCUUGGCUCGAGGACGUGUUCAGAGCUAACAUUCCUCUUUUGAAAGAAGAAUGGAUAAGUGGUAACAUUUCUAAGUGCUGUCUGUGGCUACGCCGCCUUGAUCGCGCCCGAUCUCAUCCAAGUGCUAGGUCAUGGGGUGGGUCUGCCUUCCUAAAGAAACCGCUGACCACAACCUGUUUCUCAGGGUGACAGUGCUAGCUAGUCUUUAACACACCAGCGGGCUGGUUCUGGCUCCCUUUAGAUAAUUUCCUUUCAGAGCGUGCAGUAACUCUGGGCUGAUGGGCACUGGAUUUUAACUUGUUCCCGCCCAUCACCCUGCCCCUGGCAAUGUCAUUCUUCCCAAGCAAAGUUACAGUUAAAGCUCAGGCUGAUACUCAGAGCCGCACAGGCGGCAGCGUGCCAAACAGAGCAGCAGCCCUCUAUAGUGAACGUGUCGCACUCCGUCCGAGUCGCCACAACUCGGGGCCCUGGCUGUGUUGGAGUCCAGCAGUCCAGGGAGACCAGGAAGCUGUCCAGGUUGGCAGAUAUAAAAGACGCCUCUGAAGAGUCUGUUUCUGUUUAGUUUUUGGCAAAAGGAUUAGUGAUGCCCUGGAGGAGGUUGUCAUUGUCUUCAGGCUCUCCUGGGGAUGAGGCUGAUCUGCUCUUGCUUGAAGCCACGAGGUUUCUGAAGUUAACAUCUGCUGUAUGUCUGCUCUGUUGUGUCUGAGUGCAGAGCAUGUGAAAUUUAUCUGUAGAUGGAAGGGAGCAGGCCGAACUCAAAGAAGGCAGUGUCGCCUGUCUCCAGUCCUGUAGCAUCUCCAGGCCCUCAAGCAGCAGUUUUUCCUGCACUGUGACCUUGCCCCACAGCACGGGUGGAAAUCAUUAUAAAGGUGCAGGCCUCUGCCUGCUUAAAGUUUUUAAGUGGUGAUGUUUCCUAAAGACUUGCUGUGGAAAUCAUUCAAUUUAUCAGAGGAGCAGCACCAUACGGAAACCCUGUAAUGGUUCUUUUGGUUGUGAAUAUUUCUCCCCUGACUGUAGGCUAACCUGGGUCCCUGGCCCCCAUGCCAGGGAGUCACCUGUCGCUGGCUCUUCUUCUCUGCUCUCCCUGACCCAGGGGUGAACGAGGAUGAAUGACAGAGACAGAGUCGGCUUAACCUGCAGGCAGCCAGGGCCUUCUA